AACGAGGCCUCCAGCGCCUCGCCUGACUCCGACUCGCGACCCGUUUGUCAACAAAAGCGAGGAGCUGCGAGGGAGUCAUCGACGGCGAAUCCUACCCUUCGGCUGCGCUCUCCACGCCCUCCCCUUCCUCCCACCAUGUCUACUGACACGUUCAGCAAUCCAGACAUGCCUGGGUACGUAGGCUUCGCCAAUCUCCCCAACCAAAUUCACAGAAAGUCUGUCAAGCGUGGCUUUGAAUUCACGCUGAUGGUUGUUGGUGAGAGCGGCCUUGGCAAGUCAACGCUGAUCAACACCCUCUUCCUUACCGAUCUGUAUCCUGAUCGUGUUAUGCCCUCAGCUCAAGAAUGCAUCGAGAAGACUGUCAAGAUAGACGUGUCAACUGUAGAGAUUGAAGAGAGAGGCGUAAAGGUGCGACUGACGGUUGUUGAUACUCCAGGUUAUGGAGAUGCCAUUGACAACACUGACUGCUUCCAGUCCAUCAUCAGUUAUAUCAAUGACCAGUUUGAGCGCUACCUGCAGGAUGAGUCUGGCCUCAACCGUCGCCACAUUGUUGACAACAGAGUACAUUGCUGCUUCUACUUCAUCAAUCCUGCUGGCCACGGGUUAAAGCCCUUGGACAUCCAGUUCAUGAAGCAACUCCACAACAAGGUCAACAUUGUUCCCGUCAUUGCCAAGGCUGAUACCCUUACCAAGCAAGAGGUGGCUAAACUGAAACGAAAGGUAUUGGAUGAGAUAGAAGAGAAUGGAAUCCACAUUUAUCCACUCCCAGACUGUGACACGGAUGAGGAGGAGGAUUAUAAGGAGCAGGUGCGAUUACUGAAGGAGGCCGUGCCCUUCGCAGUGGUGGGCUCCACAACCGUGCUGGAUGUGGGUGGCAAGAAAGUCCGAGGGCGGCAGUACCCUUGGGGUGUCAUCGAGGUGGAGAAUCCCAAUCACUGUGACUUCAUUAAACUCCGUUGUCUAUUAGGCACCCAUAUGCAGGACCUAACAGAAGUCACGCAAGAUGUACACUAUGAGAACUACCGGUCAGAAAGGCUGGCAAAGGGUGGGUCAGCUCCCCUGACAGCAAGUGCUGCUGCUAACACCAAUGCUAACUCUGUUGCAGCUCCACCAAAAAAACAGUCGCCAACAGCAAUGGUGAGUGGUCCAGACAAGGAGCGAAUGGCCAUGGAGCUGCAGGAGAAGGAGGCUCAGAUCCGAAAGAUGCAGGAGAUGAUGGCCAGGAUGCAGGCCCAACUCCAGGACAAAAAAUAAACUCUAGGCUGUAUAGGAGGAAUGUUUCAAACUGCAAAUCAAAUUUAAUAUGUAUAAGAUUUUUUUUUUUUUUCCCCCCUUUUUUUUUCUCUCCAGAAGUUGAGAGAUGAAUAUGGUACUUCUCUUUUUUAUUUCUUUGUUUUCAAAUUAUUAUUAUUGUUUAAUCAAUUAUUAUUUUGUUAUUUUAAAGUAAUUUCUAUAAGUGAUUUGUUUUUUCCAAUUUUACAAUGUACUUAGGCCUCCUAGGAGACUUACCUCGGAACGGCUGGGAGUUGGGUAGUUUUGUAAGUCCAGACAACGAGAAAAGAACAUUCAUUGCCAAGUGAUUAGAGAUGGCAUAGUUUUUCACUUAUGUUAUUAUUAAUCUGAAGAAAUUAGUUGUAGUUAUAUCAUUUUAUUUUACUUUUUUUAAAGGGAAAUCCAAAACUUUUUUUUUUUUUCUUAAUUCUUUUUUAUAAAUAUAAAAACAGAACAAAGGUUGCUAAAGGUUAGCUUAUAAACAAACACAGAAUGUACCUAGUUAUCGUUCUGAUUAAGCAAUUUGUGCAUGUCUCUUCGGUUGUCCCUCACUCACGGUGGGGAAGGUUGAUAACCUCUUUAGUUAUAGGCUUCCAUAUUUUGUAACAGGCAUAUGUAGUUUAUUUUACAAAUUAUGAAACGCAACAAACAUUGGUGUUUUAAUUAUUUAUUUAUAUAAAGUUUUUUGUUUUUUGUUUUUGAUUUGACAAACUUUAGGGAGUCCCUGUAGCAAGUAGAAAAGUCAUGUUUAGCUUUUUUUUCUUCUUUCUUUCUUUCUUUCCUUUUCUUAUUCUUUUUUUCCCCCUCUUUACUCAGUAUAACUUAUAGACAUUUUUAGGCAUAAGAUUUAUUUGUUUCUCAUGUUGCCCCAACCUACCCCGUUCAACCCACACAGCUAUUGAUUCUCUCUCUCUCUCUCUCUCUCUCUCUCUCUCUCUCUCUCUCUCUCUCUCUCUCUCUCUCUCUCUCUCUCUCUCUCUCUCUCUCUCUCUUUCUCUCUUUCCCAGCCCCCCUCUCCUAUGUCUUUUCCACCACCGUCUUGAUAUUCCUUUUUCCAAAUCUCUCUACUUCUGUCCUAUAUUCCUAUUUAUCUUCAUUUCUUGCAGUACAAUACCCAGAACAACCCCCCCCCCCCUCCUCCACAACACAUUCAGUCACUUCCCACCAAAGUGUAUAAUAUUUAGAAUCCAUAGAUCAGUAAGAAUUAGUGUAACAUUUGAAUUUAGUUUUGUAGUUUAAUGCCAAUUAGUGUUAAGUUAUUUUUUUAUGAUCUAGUCUUCCAUCCUUUUUGCUGGCCCCCUAUUGACAAAAGAAAAGAUUAUUAUGAUUUUCAUAAUCUGUGCGGAAGGCAGUUCAUUUAGUUUUUGUUCAAUUAAAACUGAGUACGUCUUGUGUUUACUGAAGACUGUCAAUUUUAAGGAGUUAACAAUAGCUAAACUUUACUCUUAAGGAAUGUGGUUUUAAAGGACCAGUUUUUUAAAAUUUUAUUGUUAUUCCUCAUUUUUAUUUAUUUUUUGGUACAUAGUUUCCCCCUUCCCUCUAAUUCCAUAACAUUGUUAUCAAUGUUUUCCCAUACUCUCAGGCCCAUGCAGUUGUGUUUAAAAGCAUUGUUGAUCAACAUUUAUGGGUAGUGACAUACCUGCCUGUUACUGUUGUACGUGCCUUAAGAGAGAACAGGUGUAGAGGAAAUUAAGUAAGGAUUUUCUUGGACUUGGUCAGAGACAAUCAAGUAGAUGACAUGCCAAUGUAAAAGUAAAAGCAAUUUCUGAGAAUGAAGGAGGUUUGUCAUAUAUACCAGCUUCCUCCUCUUAUGUAACUCUUAUGCAUUAAACCUACAUUGCAUUUUUAAGUUCCAUGUGUGUCAUAUUCUCAUUGAAAUAUAAUUGUUGACAUGUUCCCACUGAAAUUUGAAAAUUAUAUUCAUAAUGGACAUUGUAUAUUAAUGUAAUAUUGUAAACUGUAACAACUGUGACACUGUAUAAUUGUCAGUAUAUCAAGUCUCGUAUUAUUAAAGGUGACAUAUUUUUACUCGUAAAUAUAAAUUUAUACCAUAUCAAGUAAUCAUUGGUUUUAGAGGAUACAUAUCCAUGUUAUGAAUUUCAGAUGAUAUGUGUGAUAACAAGUUAUGUCCUAAGUUCAAGACAUUUUGUGAAGACAGGCAUUGAAGAGUAUAUACACAGUUCGAAUGUUCAGCCCUCGCAGGUGUAUAGGGAAUGGUUCUUAUUUUUGUAAGUGUACAUUUUGGGUACAGAUGUUAGACUGUUGUUGUUGGCCAUUAUGUCCCCCCCCCACAUACCACGCCCCUAUCCCCUCCAUCUCUUGAGACUAAGGAAGAGGCAUUCUGCCCAAUGCCUCGACAUGUCUCGGCACCAAGGUUGAUCAGUGACAUUUAUGUGUGCCAAACCCAUUUACAAGACCCACUUGCUUGAAAGCCAAGUCUUAAGGGGGGGAAAAACAAGUGAAGAUUGCACCACAUUCCAUCUAGAACACCUCCAUCUUUUGUAUGUAUUCAACAGGCUUUAUUUUGUUUUUAGUUUUUGAGCAUGUGUGUGUGCGUGCAAUAAUUUUUUUCCUCUGUUUCAUUAUUAUUAUUAUUGUAAUCAUACUCCAUUUUGUAUUAUUUAUUUUAUUUUAUAAUUUUUAAUUAAUUUUUUUGGUAACCAUAACCCUAAUAAGAUAUACUUUUUAUAAUUUUGUUAACAAUUUUUAUAUGAAGUUUUGUGCCAGCUUGUUUUGCAUACUUUGAUUCCACUAAAAAAAAAAGAAAAAAAAAAUGUUCAUCUGCUUCAAAGUUAUGCCAAGAAGUCUUACUCCUUAGCAUGAGCAAUAAAGCCAGUAUUUCA